UUUUUCUAACGGCUGCUGCGUAAGCUAGCCGCUAAGUAGCUUCCCUCACCGGCUCUGGAAAUUCCUGCGGCAGAGCUUCCUGGUGUGGCCGGUAGAGAGGGAUGGAAGACAGUCCCAGCAGGAGGAACCGAGAAACCCGAGCAACAGCAGCAGAGGGAGGGAGAGAGAGACGAGAAAUACACACGUACACACUCACACAAGAGCCAGAGAGACCGCAAAGCCUCGGAUAGAAGCGGCCAUUACGGCUGGGAAGCAUGCUGGGAGCUCGGGCUGCUCGCUGCGGAACCUUAGGACUCCGAGACAGCCUGGGAUAGGAAGCUCGACUCCGGAUACGGUCUUCUCCGAUUUGGGGACGGAAUCUAACACGCUGACGCCCCCAUUCUUUUGACACUCAUCAGUGUGUAGGAUAUACUCCCUCCUUCACACACAGGGGCCAUAAAAAGUAGUAGUCGCCGGGUGGAAGCCGACUUUACAGGAGAGACACCGAGCGAUGCGACUGUGCGGUCCUGCACACACUCUAACCGCAAUUAUGGAUAGAUAACGUUUAUGUAACAUUCAGCCGCAUUUUCAGUGUCUUAUAUUUGGUGAAAACAGCUCCUUUUGUCUGUUUUUAUUCUCUUAAGUGUCACGGAGGAUUAUCUAACCCUGCUUUUGAAGUGAGCCACCGGGCUUUCAGUGAGCGCCAAUGCCUCAAAUCCCCUAGUCCCUCACGGGGUGCUGUUGAUUCGGACGCCGUAGCGAGAAGGAGCCGGUUCACUGCGGUACUCUGCAGGCCGAGCCCUCUAUACUCUCUAGGCAGCCUGCAGAUUCACCAUGGCCGGAUUUAUACCGGGUCUUCUGCCGACAAACCACUCCCAGGAGAAGGAGUUCGCCCAAGCUUAUGAGGAUGUACUGGAGAGAUAUAAAGAUGAGCGGGACAGGGUGCAGAAGAAAACCUUCACUAAGUGGGUCAACAAGCAUCUCAUCAAGGUGAGGAAGCACAUCACAGACUUGUACGAGGACCUGAGGGACGGACACAACCUGAUUUCCCUGCUGGAAGUCCUCUCAGGAGUCACCCUGCCCAGAGAAAAGGGGCGAAUGAGAUUUCAUCGAUUGCAAAAUGUCCAAAUAGCGCUGGACUUCCUCAAGCAGAGACAGGUCAAACUUGUGAACAUCAGGAAUGAUGACAUCACUGAUGGGAACCCCAAACUGACAUUAGGACUCAUCUGGACCAUCAUCCUCCACUUCCAGAUCUCAGAGAUCUACGUUAGCGGCGAGUCAGCUGACCUCACAGCCAAAGAGAAGCUGUUGCUAUGGAGCCAGCAGGCGACAGAAGGCUACCCCGGCCUCCGCUGCGUCAACUUCACCUCAUCCUGGAGCGACGGACGCAUGUUCAACGCUCUGCUGCACAGAUACAGACCAGACCUGAUCGACAUGGAGGUGGUGUCCCGACAGAGUAACCGAGACAACCUCGAGCAGGCCUUCGAGAUCGCCGAGUCGUUAGGGGUAACCAGGCUGCUGGACGCUGAAGAUGUCGAUGUCCCAUCUCCAGACGAGAAAUCCGUCAUCACAUAUGUCUCCUCCAUCUACGAUGCUUUCCCCAAAAUCCCUGAAGGAGGAGACGGCAUCGGUGCACAUGAAGUGGACCAGCGCUGGUCAGAGUACCAGUCCAGGUUCUCAUCUCUGCUCCAGUGGAGCCGCCAACAUACGGCCCUCAUGGCCAACAAGAACUUCCCACAAAACCCCGCUGAACUCAAGGCACUUUACAAUGAGUACGUCCAUUUCAAAGAAACAGAGAUCCCCGCCAAGGAGAUAGAGAAAGGUCACAUCGAGCACCUCUACAAGCUGCUGGAGGUGUGGAUAGAGUUUGGUCGCAUUAAGCUUCCUCAGGGCCUCCAUCCAAAUGAUCUGGAGGAGGAAUGGGGCAAAUUAAUCCUGGAAAUGCUGGAGAGAGAAAAAGCCUUACGGCCGGCUGUGGAGAGGUUAGAGCUGCUGCUUCAGAGGGCCAAUAAGAUCCAGAACAUGUCUCUGGACUGUGAGGAGAAGCUGACCCUCGCUAAGAACACACUCCAGGCUGACAUGUCUCGAGGGGAGAGCGGCGAGGCGGUGCAGUGUGAGGGAGAGCUGGCCUGUUACCUGCAGGACUGCGAGUCUCUGAUCAGACAGCUCAACCUGGAGCUUAAACUCCUCAGAGACGAGAAAUACUACCAGGUGGAGCAGCUGGCGUUCAGAGUGUCCUGCCUUCAGGAGGAGCUGGUCUCCCUCAGACUGCAGUGCUCCAGCGUCUACAGGAAGGGACACUUCUCUCAGUCUCUGGGCGGCACCGGGACAGAGCACCCCGGCCAGAGAGCCACCGACGGCGGCCUCUCUCUGGGACAGACGCUGCUGGGAGCCGUGGGAGCAGUGGGAGCCGCACUCCUGCGUCGACCCAUGGCUCGGUCCCAGCUGGUGGCCAUGUCUUCAUCAGAGGACGAAGGAAGCCUGAGGUUCAUCUACGAGCUGCUGGGAUGGGUGGAGGAGACUCAGGAGCUGUUGGAGGGCACAGAGUGGGGCACAGACCUCCCCUCGGUGGAAAACAACCUCCAGGAGCACAACAGCAUCCACACCGUGGUGGAGGAGCUGAUGAGCAGCCUGCAGGAGGCGCGCAGCUACGAGGCUAAAGUCUCUCCAAACUUCAAGGGCAACUACUCUGUGGCCCUGGCCAAACUGGAACACCAGUACUGCAAACUACUGGAACAUUCGUCAUGGCGCCUGCGGAGCUUGGAGAGCUUGCAUGCGUUUGUGUCACACUGCACUGAGGAGCUGAUCUGGCUCAACGAGAGGGAGGAGGAGGAGCUGGCCUUCGACUGGAGCGACAACAACAGCAACAUGAACGCCAAGAGAGAGAUUUACAGCGAAAUGAGGUUGGAGCUGGCUGAAAAACGAGAUGUGAUGCGUUCUCUCCAGGAAACGGCCAGCCGUCUGUGUCAGGAGAACCAUCCAGCCAAGCAGACUGUGGAGGCUUACAGUGCAGCUCUGCAGACGCAGUGGCAGUGGGUGGACCAGCUGUGUGUGUGUGUGGAGCAACAUCUCAAAGACAACACAGCGUACUUCCAGUUCAUGAGUGAUGCUCGGGACUGUGAGUCAUAUCUCCGCCAGCUUCAGGAAACCAUCAAGAGACAGUACACCUGCGACAAGAACAGCAGACUGAGCAAACUGGAAGACCUGCUCCAGGACUCGAUGGAGGAGAAGGAGCAGCUCAUCGAGUACCGGAGCACGGUGGCGAGUCUCGUCGGCCGGGCCAAGACGGUGGUUCAGCUCCGCCCCCGCAGCGCAGAGAGCUCGCUGGUGGCCACCACCCCCAUCAGAGCCAUCUGUGACUACAGGCAGAUCGAGACAAACGUUCAGAUCACGAUAAACCGAGGAGAGGAGUGUGUGCUGGAGGACAACUCUCAGAGGACCAAGUGGAAGGUGAUUAAUCCGACGGGGAACGAGGCCAUGGUCCCCUCAGUGUGUUUCACCGUCCCACCUCCCAACCAGGAGGCCAUCAACACAGCCAGCAGGACGGAGCAGUUGUACCAGAAGGUCAUGACUCUGUGGCAUCAGCUGCAUGUGAACAUGAAGAGUGUGGUUUCCUGGCAUUACCUGCUCAAAGACAUCAGGACCGUCUCAGAGUGGACCCUGGACACGGUUCGCCGUCAGUCUCCGUCAGAGCGGCAGCACGUCCUGGAUCACCUGGAGUCCCAGCUGGCUGACUUCCUCUCCGACAGCAAAGAAAGCUCUCUGUUCACGCCGGCCGAAAGACGAGAGCUGGAGAGGGACGUUCAGCAGGUGCAGCAGCACUGCCAGGACCUGCUGCUCAACAUGGAGACCGUGGAAAAGGAUGAGUCAGUUUCUCGGUCGUACCUGUCGGAGCUGCAGAACAUCACUCUUCGUCUAAAGGAGGCCGAGCAGAGACUCAUGAGGGGGAUUGAGACUCCGCCUCCCAGCCGGCUGUCAGCUGGAAACGCAGACAACAGCAUCCAGAUCGCAGAGCAAGAGAGGCUGCAGUCGGAGCUGGACGACCUGCGGUCCAGCUUGGGAGACGUGUCGCGUCGUUGCGUCAGGUUCUUCGAGGAGAAGCCGACGUCCUCCAGCGUUCCCGUCCUCCGGGCUGAACUCAGUCAGGCGGUGGAGAGGACAGAUAAACUGCACAACCUGUCGUCUGUCUACCUGGAGAAGUUAAAAACAGUAGAGCUCCUGAUGCGGAGCCUGGAUGAAGCGGAGAGCCAGGUCCGGAAGUACGAGAGCAGACUGAGUGAGGAAGACAUCGUUCCUGCAGACACGACGGCCAUUCACAGCCUCACAGACCAGCUGGGGAGGUGGCAGGCAGAGCUCGCCGAGCAGGAGGGCGUCUUCCAGGCCCUUCAGGCACAGGUGGGCCAGGCCAAAGAGGCGGGGUCUCAGCUCAGUAAGCUCCACCCAGACCGCAGCCCCGAACUGGAGCGCUACCAGGAGAAAGCCAAUCAGGUGGCAGAGAGGUGGAGCGGGAUCAAAAGACAGAUGGAGACGCGUCGGGCUGACCUGGAGGCUCUGGGCUCGGCGCUGCAGCAGUACAGAGACGGUCACUCCGCUCUGAUCAACUGGAUCGAAGAGACGACGGAGAGACAAGAAAACACACAACCUGGACAGACUGACAGCAAAGCCCUGUCUGAGCAGCUGGCCCAGCAGACGGCUUUAGUUGCUGAGAUCGAACAGAACCAGUCCAAACUGGAUGAGUGCCAGACUCACUCCAAACAGUACUGCACCUCCGUGAAGGAUUAUGAACUGCAGCUGAUGACAUACAGAGCGUUUGUAGAGUCCAUGCACAAGUCGCCCGUCAAGAGGAGGAGGAUGCAUUCUUCCUCUGACGCCAUCACUCAGGAGUUUAUGGACUUACGCACACGUUACACAGCUCUGGUUACCUUGACAACGCAGCAUGUAAAAUACAUCAGCGAUGCACUGAGACGACUGGAGGAGGAAGAGAAAGAGGUGGAGGAGGAGAAGCAGGCCAGAGUGGGCCAGGUUUCAGACCUGUUGGGCUGGGUCAAAGGCCUCCAGGGACGGAGCGGCGGUCCCAGCGCUGAGUCAUCACUUGCUGCUCAGCAGGCCAUCAGUGAACAGCUAACUACCAAGAAGGACCAGGUAGCUGAAGCUAUAAGGAGCACACAGGUCUUCCUUAUGUCUAAACAGGCUAGCAAGUUGUCCCCCGAGGAGCGUGCUCAGGUGGAGGCUCAGCUGGACGAGCUAACGGCCACCUACAACCAGCUUCUGGACAGCUCCACCCAGCAGCUGCAGCAGCUGGAGCAGCAGCUGGCCAAGGAGGAGGAGAGAAAGGUGGUUCAACAGCAGAAAGCCGAGUGUUCUCAGAAACUAGAAGGUCUCAACAUGUGGUUGGCCGGAGCUGCUAGUCUGCUAGCGAGUCAGAAAGCUGGAGCAGAGUCAGGUGACGUGAACAUCCUGCAGGAGAAGCAGAAGAAACUGAAGGAAAUACAGAAGGAGCUGCAGAACAAAGCCGAGGGGAUAGCCGAGGCCAUCCGGUCAGUCGAGGAGUUUCUGGCUGAGCGAGGAGAAAGUCUGAGCCCAGAGGAGAAGGAGAACCUCCAGAGGGCGCUAACGAGGAUGAAGGAGCAGUACAACGAGCUGACACAUUCAGCAAAUACAUCAGUGUCAGAGCUCGAUACGACCAUCAGCACAACUGUACAGCAAAACACUCAGAGGGCGAAGGCAGAGGAAGAGCUGCAGGAGACACAAACCCAGAUAGACUCUCUUCUGAACCAGCUGACCUCCCUGAACCAGCCUGGCAGGAGCAGAGCUGGACCUGGACCAGGAGCCACUCAGGAUGCAACUGAUUCCCUUUACUCCCAGCCAGAGGGCGCUGUGAUGUCACACACAGAGAUGUUGCAGGCAGAGCUGCAGCAGCUCCAGGCUCAGCAGGCACAGUUACUGCAGAUAAGCCAAUCAGCUCGCUCCCUUUUGGACCAACCCGAUUCAACGCUCCCCCCCGAAGAGAAACGGCGACUCCAAGCUGCCCUGGACGAGCUGCAGGCCCAGCACCAGGACCGGCUGCAGAGCUGCCAGGACCGUCUGAGGAAGUCUGAGGCUCUGAAGGAUGAGCUCACUAAAUUCCUCCAGGAACACGGAGGGUUGGGUACCUGGCUGGAACAGAGUGAACAGGACCUCCGUUCUUUGGGAGAAGGAGAAACUGAUGCACAAGGACUGAAGGAGAGGCUGGAGGAGCACAGAAAGCUUGCAGAGGACGUAAUCUGCCACAAGGCCGACCUGCGCUUUGUCUCCAUCUCUGGUCAGAAGGUUCUGGACUCUGUUCAAGGAGCUUUGGAGCAGGUUGGUGGAUCAGACCCAGCUCUGGACAGCACCAAACAGCUGGUAACUGACAAGCUGCAGGAUGCUAACCACAGAUACACCACCCUACACACCAAGUCAACAGAGCUGGGCGGCCGUUUGUCUGGCCUGUUGGAGAGGUACCAGCAGUACCAGGAUGAGGUUGUCUCCCUCCACUCCUGGCUCAGCACUCAGGAACAGAACCAGAGCAUAGCCAAGUCCAGCGGGGACACAGACCCACAGAACCUACAGAACACUCUGCGACAAGUACAGCUGCUUCAGGAUGAGCUGGCAGAGCGCUCGGUGCAGCUGGAGAAGGUGAAGAGAGCUGGAAGAGACCUGGUCAGCACGGACGAGUCUCCUUCUCUGAAAGCCGUGGACAUCCUCUGUGCAGCAGAUGGUUUGGAGAAGAGAUUCGGCAGCCUCUCUGCGUCGGUGUCAGAACGGGCCGAACAGCUGCAGACAGCUUUGGCCCAAUCUGUCAGCGUCCAGGAGGGUCUGAAGGGUCUGCUGAGCUGGCUGGACAAGCUGGUACCGAACCCUGGACCAGUUGAACCCACUGUGCAGGCUGUACAAGAUGCUCUGACCCAGAACCAGAAACUGCGACAGGAGCUGCUGUCCAGGCAGGGCAGCGUGGAAGCGACACGAGACUCCAUUUCCAAACUCCUCCAGAGUUCGGACGCCUCCACAGCCUCGGGCCUGCAGGGCAGCUUAGACCAGCUCACCCAGCGUUACGCUGCAGCACAGGCCAGCCAGGCUGAGAGGGAAGCUGAGCUCAAAGGGCUGCUGCCCAGACUGGAGAACCACGAGCGGCUUGGAACCGAUCUUCAGGUCUUUACCCAGAGCCGACUGAAGGCUCUGUGUCCGGUGGGCCAGCCGGACCGCAGCGUGGAUGACUACAGGCAGACCAUCAAGGAGAUCCGAUCAGAGUUGGAGCAGGAAGCGAACCAGCUGAAAUCCUUCUGCAACCUCGGUACCGAGCUCAGCCAAUCGAAAGCUUUCAGUAAUGCUCAAAGCCUCCUGGUACACAUGAAAGCUGUGACAGACGAGUUCAACAAACUGGAAGAAAAUGUCAAUGAAAGGUUUGCUGCUGUUCAGGCCUGCGAGCAGCAGCUGCUGCAGUUCCGCAGCCUCUCGGGUUCCCUGACCCGCUGGCUUCAGACGGUGCAGGACCAGCUGCCCUCCAAAGAGCCCAACCUCAACACCGAGGGCCUGCAGAGGAGGGUCCAGCAGCUCAAGGACUUGCUUAAUGACUGGGAGUCUCAGGGAUCCAGGGUUCAAGAUCUGAACAAGACGGGCUCUGAGCUGGAGACCCUCAUCAUCGACAUCACUGCUCCGCAGACCAAAACCGGUGCCCCUCAGAUCAACGGCUCCUCAGGUCCCAGCAGUGUGAACGGCAUUCACACCUGUAAAGACCUGACGGAGCUCCAGUUGACGGUGUCCGACGUGAACGGCCGAUACGACAUGGUGGGCCAAGAGUUAAAGGAGCGUCUGAGCCGCCAGCAGGCCUCGCUGGACCAGAGGCAGAAAGCCAGGCAGGGCACCGAGGAGCUGAAGACGUGGCUGAGUGACAGAGAAAAAAGCCUAAAACUGGGACAGACAGCCUCCCCCUCCAAGCCGGAAGUGAUACACGCUCAGGCCCAAGAAAACAAGGCUCUGCUCUCAGAGCUGGCCGAGCACUCCGGGAAGGUGGAGGAGCUGAAGAAUACGCUGAGGAAACUGAUCGCUGACAACCCCGACUCUCCUGAGGCUGACACCUGGAGGCAGCAGCUGCAAGAGAUAGAUUCGCGCUGGCAAACGGCCAAUCAGACGGCAGCCCAGAGACAGACUGAGCUGGAGACGUGUGCUGACAGGCUGGGCAGCUUUUCCUCGGCAGCCAAUCAGCUGGGCCCGUGGCUGAGGGAGAAGGAGCUGAUGAUGAGCGUGCUGGGGCCCCUGAGCAUCGACCCAAACAUGCUCAACACACAGAAACAGCAAGUUCAGUUCAUGCUGCGUGAGUUCGAGACGCGGCGGCCGCAGUUUGACCAGCUGACCCAGUCGGCUGAGGGCAUCCUCUCCCAGACUGGUGACUCCGCUCAGGACCCCAAAGACCUGGAGGAGGUCCGGACUGAACUGGGCUCCAUCUCCCAGCAGUGGGAGGACCUCACAAACAGACUGACUCAGAGGUCAAACCACAUCGAUCAGGCCCAAGGAACCAGCGAACGGUACCAGGCGCUGCUCAGAGAGCUCUCCUCCAGUGUUUCUGCUCUGAGUGAGCGGUUAGACGCUCAGGCCUCGCUGAGCGCCCAGCCGGAGGCACUGAAACGGCGGCUGCAGGAAACCGGAGAGAUCCGCUCAGAGCUGGAGCGAAGGCGGACCGAGCUGGCCGAGGCUGAGAAGCUCUGCCAGGAGCUGAGCGCCAUCGUGGCCGAACCCUACCUGAAGGAGGAGCUGAGCAAACGACUGGAGAGCGUCAGUGCACCGCUCAGGAGUUUGGAGGAGCGAGCAGCUGACGGCCUGUCUCAGCUCCAGGCCGCCCUGUCGUCCACCCAGCAGUUCCAGCAGAUGUUUGAGGAGUUGCGCUCCUGGCUCGACAAGCAGGCAGAUCCCAGGGAGUCUUCCACCGCCUCCCUGCCCUGUCAGCCGGAGGCGAUCCGUGCCCUGCUGGCUCAGACCGAUGAGCUCCAGCGUGGCAUUGCCAGUCAGCGAGGUUCCUACGAGCUGAUUCAGGCCGAGGGAGUGUCGCUGCUCGCCACUCUCCCAGCAGACGAGCGGGCAUCUCUGCAGUCGCGUCUGGCCUUGUUGCGGCAGGACUGGGAGGGGCUGAACAACCGAAUCUCAGACCGUGAGGGCAGACUGAAGAACACUCUGAGCAAAGCAGAAACUUACCAGCAGCACAAGGCGGAGCUGGCGCCGUGGUUAGCAGAGUGUGAAGAGAGGGAUGGAGAAAUCCAUCCAUUGCUGGACUCGUCUGCUCUGGAUGAGGCCCUGCAGAAGGCUCGAGGUCUGUCCCUGGACCUGGAGAGACGACAACCCCUACUCGAAGCCUUCAAUACUGCAGCUGAUCAGCUGCUGGAGCAAUGCUGCAUCGGGGAGGAAGAGGUUCGUGAUGAGAAGGCCCAGCUGAACCGUCGGGUUGAUGGGCUGAAUGAGAGUCUCCUCAACCACACCUCUCAGCUGGAGGAGCUGAGCAGCCGCCUGAAGGAGUUUGAAGAAGGCAGACAGGCUGUAGAGAGGAGGCUGGAAGCUGCCAAGCACCAGAUUGAAGUCCAGGAGGCUCUUGGACCUCAGGCAUGCAGCGCUAAAAGCUUGGAGAGGUUGAGAAGUCAGCAGGAGAGUUUGAGGUCGCUGCAGCCUCAGGUGGUCUACCUCAGAGACCUGGCCCAGGGCCUGGUACAGGACGCCCCCCAGACACCAGGAGGCGGCUCGGAGGGCGCACAGAGACUUCAGGACCAGGCCAAAGAUACAGAGAAGGAAUAUCAGGACGUCACUGACAAGAUCGAGCAGUGCUGCUCCGCUUUGGAGUCGCGCUUGCAGGGUGUUGGUGAGGUCCAGGCUCACGUUCGAGACAUCUUCUCCCGUCUUGCCGACUUAGACGACGAACUGGACUCCCUCAGUCCUGUAGGACGGGAUGUGGACUCGCUGGCCUCUCAGGCUGACGCCGUGAAGGGCUUCCUGUCCCGUCUAUCCAACCUGAGGACUGAGCUGGAGGGACAUGCGUCGGAGUGCACCAGCAUGCUGCGGCGAGAAGGCUCUUCGCCCGACCUGCUGGCUCUCCGGAGGGAGACGGAGGCUUUGAGCCGCCAGGCCGGCAAGCUGAGUGAGCGCGGCCAGGCCAGGUUGGAUCAGAUCGAAGACGCCGCUGACAGAGUUCAGGACUUCUACCGGCUGGUGGCAGAGCUGCAAGGCCUGCUGGGAAGAGCCGAAGAUGGGCUGAAUGCACAGAGCCUGGUCGGCACAGAGGUGGAGAUAAUCAAACAGCAGCUGCAGGAGUUCAAGGCGGUGGAGCGAGAGCAGGUGGACAACAUCCAACCCAAGCUGCAGCACGUCAACGCCGUGGGUCAGGGUCUGAUCCAGAGCGCCGCCAAGCACACCGACACACAGGCACUGGAGCACGACCUGGAAACCACCAACCUCAGAUGGAACUCACUCAACAAGCGGAUUGCAGAGCGGAUCGCUCAGCUGCAGGAGGCCCUGUUGCAUUGUGGGAAGUUCCAGGAUGCUCUGGAGCCUCUGCUGAGCUGGCUGAGCGACACAGAGGAGCUGGUGGCCAAUCAGAAGCCUCCAUCUGCCGAAUACCGCGUGGUCAAGGCUCAGAUCCAAGAGCAAAAGCUUCUGCAGAGGCUGUUAGACGACCGCAGGCCGACUGUGGAGAUGAUCCGGGCUGAGGGAGAGAGGAUAGCAGCCACAGCAGAAACUCAGGACCGGGAGAAGAUCCAGACCCAGCUCCAGAGUCUGUCAGAGAGGUGGUCAGGCCUGCUGGACAAGGCCAGCUCCAGGCAGAGGCAGCUGGAGGAGCUGCAGGUUCUGGCUCUGCAGUUCCACGAAUCUCUGGAGCCGCUGGGAGAAUGGCUGAGCGUCACCGAGAGACGCCUGAGCUCCGCCGAGCCCAUGGGAACCCAGGCGGCCAAGAUCAGCCAGCAGAUCAUCAAACACAAGGCGUUUCAAGAAGCCGUGUCUUCCCGCGAAGCCGACGUCAACCACCUCGAGUCCCUCAGCCAAUCCCUGACCCCACUCAGCUGCGUGGCCGAUCAGGAUUGGCUGCGUGAGCGCGUGGGGGCGGUCAGGUCGGGUCACUCGGAGCUGGCUGAUUGGUGCUCCCGGCGGGCUGGUCUGCUGGAGCAGGCGCUGGCUAACGCCCAGCUGUUCGGGGAGGAGGAGGUGGAGGUGCUGAACUGGCUGGCAGAGGUGGCUCAGAGGCUGGCUCAGGUCUCUGUGCAGAGCUACCAGCCCCAGCUGCUGGCCGAGCAGCACAAACACACCCUGUCUCUGAAUGAAGAGAUCUUGAGCAGGAAGAAAACUGUGGACCAGGCCAUCAAGAAUGGACAAGCUUUACUCAAACAGACCACAGGAGAGGAGGUUCUCCUGAUCCAGGAGAAGCUGGAUGGGAUCAAGUCUCGCUAUGCCGAGAUGACGGCAGGCAGCAGCAAGGCUCUCCGCACCCUGGAGCAGGCGCUGCAGCUGGCCACGCGAUUCGCCAGCGCCCACGAUGACCUCAACCGGUGGUUGGAUGCAGUGGAGGCGGAGCUUAACAACGCAGAGCCUGACGCCACACCCACCUACCAGGAGAGACAGAAGGAGCUGAAGAAAGUGUCAGCAGAGAAGCGUCUGGUGUUGGACACGGUGAACGAGGUGGGCAGCGCCCUGCUGGAUCUGGUUCCAUGGAGAGCCCGCGAAGGCCUGGACCGCCUCGUCGCCGACGCCAACCAGCGCUACCGGCAGGCGGAUGAGACCAUCACUCAGCGGGUGCAGCUGGUACAAGCUGCCAUCCAGAGGUCACAGCAGUACGAGGAGGCAGUGGACGCAGAGCUCGCCUGGGUUGGGGAGACGGAACGAAAGUUGGCCUCUCUGGGUCCCCUGAGCCUGGAGCCUGAUGUGACCGUGGCUCAGCUGCAAGUGCAGCGGGCCUUUAACAUCGACAUCAUCCGACACAAAGACACCAUUGAUCAGCUCCUUAAAAGCAGAGACGACAUCCUGGAAGCCUGCAGCGACGCCCAGAAAGACGCUCUGAUGGUGAAGACAGACUCCCUGAGUGCUCGUUAUGACACAGUCAGUCAGAGCCACAGCGAGCGGUUCUCAGCUCUGGAACAGGCCCAGGUUCUGGUGGCUCGCUUCUGGGAGACCUAUGAGGAACUGGAGCCAUGGUUGGGUGAGACGGAAACCAUGAUCAUCCAGCUCCCUCCACCUGCCAUCGACACAGACGCUCUCCGCCUGCAGCAGGACCAGAUGAGGCUGCUCAGGGAGUCCAUCGCGGAGCACAAGCCCCACAUCGACAAGCUGCUGAAGAUCGGACCACAGCUGGCCGAGCUCAGCCUGCAGGAGGGCUCCACGGUGACGCAGCGCUACACCAACGCAGAGAGGCGAUACCAGGCCAUCAAAGAGGAGGUGAAAGGUCGCGCCACAGCACUGGAUGAGGCCGUGUCCCAGUCUGCACAGCUGGUAGAGUUUCACGACAAGAUGGACCCGCUGUUGGAGACCCUGGAGGGGGCGGUGCAGCGGCUGCGGCAGCCUCCUCCGGUGGCUGCAGAGGUGGAGAAGAUCCGGGAACAGCUGGCAGAGCACCGCGCUCAGGGCCUGGAGCUGGACAAACUGCUGCCGAGCUUCUCCGCCCUCUGUGCCCGCGGCGAGGAGCUCAUCGGCAGAGCGGCUCACGACGAUCCCGCUGCUCAGGCCGUGCGUUCCCGCCUCCUCCGUCUGCGCUCCCUGUGGGAUGAGAUCCGGCAGCGAGCCGAGGAGAGAGAGAGCAAGCUCAACGACGUGUUGGAUCUGGCCGGGAAGUUCUGGGCCGACGUAGCGGCGCUACUGAGCACGCUCAGAGACUCCCAGGAUAUAGUGAGAGAUCUAGAAGACCCUGGUGUAGACCCAUCGCUCAUCAAACAACAGAUUGAGGCUGCUGAGGCCAUCAAGGCAGAGACGGACGGCUUGAGAGAGGAGCUGGAGUUUGUCAGGACUCUCGGAGCUGACCUCAUCUUUGCCUGCGGAGAAACUGAGAAACCUGAAGUGAAAAAGACCAUAGAUGAGAUGAAUGCAGCCUGGGAGGGUCUAAACCGGACGUGGAGAGAGAGGAUGGAGAGACUGGAGGAGGCCAUGACUGCUUCUGUUCAGUAUCAGGAUGCUCUGCAGUCAAUGUUUGACUACCUGGACAACGCAGUGAUCAAGCUCUGUGACAUGUCCCCUGUGGGGACGGACCUGGGAACAGUAAAACAGCAGAUCGAAGAGCUCAAGCAGUACAAGGUGGAGGUGUACCAGCAGCAGAUCGACAUGGAGAAGCUGUGCCACCAGGGGGAGCUACUGUUAAAGAAAGUGUCGGACCAGACGGACCGAGACAUGAUCCAGGAGCCACUGACUGAACUCCGACACCUCUGGGAAAACCUGGGCGACAAAAUUACCCAAAGACAGCACAAGCUGGAGGCUGCCCUGCUGGCCCUGGGUCAGUUCCAGCACGCCCUCUCUGAGCUGCAGGCCUGGCUGAGCCACACACACACCACUCUGGACACACAGCGACCCAUCAGCUCUGAUCCUAAGGCCAUCGAAAUCGAACUGGCUAAACACCACGUGUUGCGUAAUGACGUGUUAUCCCAUCACGCCACAGUAGAGACGGUUUCCAGUGCUGCCGCUGAGCUUCUGGAGUCUUCUCCAGGUGAUGAAGCCAGUCACCUGCGGGAUCAGCUGGAUCAGCUGAACCAAAGCUGGGAGAGUCUGCUGCUCAAGACCCAGGAGCGGCAGAAACUACUGGAGGCUGCCCUGCAGCAGGCUGAAGGUUUCCAUGGUGAGUUGGAGGAGUUCCUCCAGUGGCUGAGGAGGACGGAGAGCCAGCUGUCUGCUGCCAAACCAACGGGCGGUCUUCCUGAAACAGCCCGGGAGCAGCUACAGCAACACAUGGAGCUUCAGGCCCAGCUGGCUCAGCGAGCAGACCAGUACCAUCGCCUUCUGGAUCAAGGAGAGUCCAUCCUGCUGGCCCGUGGAGGAGAGGAAGCAGGACCCGGCACCACCCAGACCCAACAGAACCUAGCCAUGUUGCAGAACAAGUGGGCCAGCCUCAACACCAAGAUGGACGACCGCAGGGCAAAGCUGGAGGAAGCAGUUUCCUUGGCAACUGGUUUUCAGACUUCUCUGCAGGACACCAUCAACUGGCUGACCCAGGCUGAGCAAACACUGAACAUGGCCCAGCCCCCCAGCCUCAUACUGGACACCGUCCUCUUCCAGAUCGAUGAGCACAAGGUGUUUGUGAACGAGGUGAACACCCACAGGGAGCAGGUUCUGGCUCUGGAGAAGGCCGGAUCUCAGCUUCGCUUCGCCAGCCUGAAGCAGGACGUGGUUCUGAUCAAGAAUCUGCUGCUCAGUGUCCAGGCCCGCUGGGACAAGCUGGUGCAGAGGUCGCUGGACCGCGGCCGACAUCUGGAUGAGGCCCGCAAGCGAGCCAAACAGUUCCACGAGGCCUGGAGGAAGCUGACAGACUGGCUGGAAGAAGCCGAGAAAAGACUGGACUCAGAGCUGGAGAUCUCCAACGAGCCAGACAAGAUCAAAGUGCAACUGGUCAAACACAAGGAGUUUCAGAAAGCGUUGGGAUCGAAGCAGCCUGUUUACGACACCACAGUGAGGUCUGGAAGGGCCAUGAGGGACAAGGCUCAGCUGCCUGCUGACCAGCAGAAGCUGGAUCACCUGGUGGGAGAAGUUCGUGACAAGUGGGACACCGUCUGUGGCAAGAGCGUAGAGAGGCAACACAAACUGGAGGAGGCUCUGCUGUUCUCAGGUCAGUUUGCAGAAGCUCUUCAGGCUUUGGUGGACUGGCUCUACCGGGUGGAGCCUCAGCUGGCUGAAGACCAACCCGUCCACGGGGACCUGGAUUUGGUGUCCAAUCUUAUGGAUGCACAUAAGGCUUUCCAAAAAGAACUGGGUAAAAGAACUGGCAGCGUUCAGGCUUUGAAGCGCUCAGCUCGGGACCUGAUGGAGACCGGCCGCGACGACACUGCCUGGGUCAAAGUUCAACUCCAGGAGCUCAGCAACCGCUGGGAUACAGUGUGCGCGCUGUCAGUCACUAAGCAGACCCGCCUCCAGCAGGCGCUCAAACAGGCGGAGGAGUUUCGCACAGCCGUGCAGGUGCUGCUGGAGUGGUUGUCGGAGGCGGAGCAAACCCUGCGUUUCCGUGGCGUCCUCCCCGAAGAGGCAGAGACGCUUCAGGCACUGCUGCACACACAUCGAGACUUUAUGGGCACCGUGGAGGAAAAGAGGGCGCACGUGAACAAGGCCGCUGGCAUGGGGGAGGGCAUCCUGACUGUGUGCCACCCUGACUCCAUCACCACCAUCAAACACUGGAUCACCAUCAUCAGGGCGCGUUUUGAGGAGGUGCUGACCUGGGCCAAACAACACGAGCAGCGGCUGGAGACGGCUCUGACCGAGGUGCUCAACAACGCCAACCUGCUGGAGGAGCUGUUGUCAUGGUUACAAUGGGCUGAGACCACACUGGUCCAGAGGGACACAGAACCACUUCCUCAGGAUAUCCCACAGCUCAAAACACUCAUCACAGAGCACCAGACAUUCAUGGAGGAGAUGAUGAGGAAGCAGCCAGAUGUUGACAAAGUGACUAAGACCUACAAGAGGAAACCAGCUGAGCCUCCCAGCAGCCUGGCUGAGAGAAGAGGAGCUCGAAAACAGCAGCAGCAGCAGCAGCAGGCUGCCAUGCAGGUUUCUGGAGGAAACCCACGACUCAACCAGCUUUGUGCCAAGUGGCAGCAGGUGUGGCUGCUGGCUCUGGACCGGCAGCGUAAACUGAACGAUGCCCUGGACCGACUAGAAGAGCUGAAAGAGUUCGCCAACUUUGACUUUGACGUGUGGAGGAAGAAGUACAUGCGCUGGAUGAACCACAAGAAGUCCCGCGUCAUGGAUUUCUUCAGACGCAUCGACAAAGAUCAAGAUGGAAAGAUCACACGGCAGGAGUUCAUCGACGGCAUCUUGGCCUCCAAAUUUCCAACCAGUAAGCUGGAGAUGACGGCCGUGGCGGACAUUUUUGACAGAGACGGAGACGGUUACAUCGAUUACUACGAGUUUGUUGCUGCCCUGCACCCCAACAAGGACGCCUACAGGCCGACCACAGAUGCUGAUAAGAUAGAGGAUGAGGUGACGCGGCAGGUGGCCCAGUGUAAGUGUGCGAAGAGGUUCCAGGUGGAGCAGAUUGGAGAGAACAAAUACCGGUUCUUCCUCGGAAACCAGUUUGGCGACUCUCAGCAGCUUCGUCUGGUCAGGAUUUUGCGCAGUACGGUGAUGGUGAGAGUCGGAGGAGGCUGGAUGGCCCUGGACGAGUUUCUGGUGAAGAACGAUCCAUGCAGAGUGCAACAUCCAGGACUUAAGAUUCUUCGCUCCGAUUCCAGUAGCUCCAUCUCAUCUCGUAUAGUGACAGUCACUCCUGGCUAUUUCUGCUGCCGAGCUCGUGGUCGCACCAACCUAGAGCUGAGAGAGAAGUUCAUCCUUCCUGAAGGAGCGUCUCAGAGUCUGGCUCCCUUCCGCUCCCGGGGCCGGCGCUCCAAACCGGGCUCCCGCAACGCCUCACCGACCCGCUCCUCCUCCUCAGCCUCCCACAGUGGCGCCUCGCUUCCCUCGGCUCCCUCCACCCCCGCCACACCAACGGCCUCUGCAUCAUCCAGGUCCUCCCACACUCACUCUCGUGACUAUGCCAAGCCCUGGCUGGCACACAGUAAAACUCCAACGCCAACCAAGUGCCAUUGCUGCCCAGAUCACGGUCACAGCCACUGCACUCCUGGGCAAGAGGGGGCAGCCUCCGGGUCCAAACUAAAGAGGCCGACGUUCCACUCGAGUCGAGGCUCGCUGACGGGAGAGAACGGAGGAACCACACCCACCAGCAAACGAACUGAUCCUAAGCGUGGGGCAUCCACUGCCAGCGGUCCAACCAGCCGAGCCGGCAGCCGAGCAGGCAGCAGGGCCAGCAGUCGCCGCGGCAGCGAUGCCUCAGAUGCGUCGGAGCUUCAGGACGCUCGCUCCGUCUGCUCCGACACUUCCGACACCCCCAGACGUCCCGGCAGUGGAGCCAAGCCCUCCAAGAUUCCCACCAUCUCUAAGAAGGCCCCCAGUCCAAAGACCCCUGGGUCUGCAAAGAAGUAAACUCAGCCACACAGAAACUCCGCACAGAGUGAAUCACCAUCGUCAGCCAUGUUGGCUUAGAUGUCACAGCCUGGGUCUGGACAUCCUCAUGGAGGGCUUGCCUAAAAAUGAUGCACUAUGACUGAUAUUUUCCAGGGGAAAGAAGGAGCUGGACAAUCUGAGUGAAUCUCCUUCUUAUUCUUUCCCCCAUCUUUAAAACUGAUUGUGAACAUGCACAAGAGGAGAAGAGUUCUGGUUCAGUAGUCCCAGACCAGAGUCAGUGGGGUCAGCACCGACUUUUCCCCUUUAAGAUCCCAGUUUGCCUUCCAGUGUCCUUCUUCUCCCAAACGUUCCCUACUGGCGUGGAACCAAACACCCACCGAUAUGAUGCUGCCUUAUUUUAUGUUACAUACUUCGAAUCACGCAGACUUCAAACCUCUUUCCACAACACUGACAGACAGACACACACAUUUGAGCCUGGAGGCAGGGAGGCAGGGACACGCCACCACCACAGCUCCAGAAACAAAAAAAAGCUCCAAUGACAUUCAGGAAAAUAAAAAAGAAUUGUGGGUGAAUUAUUUUGGCUUGUGGGCCACAUGCCUCAACGACGCGUCAAAAAAAGGAAAAUAUGCAACGACUGCCAUGUCGCUUCCCCCCCAAACUGGUUGGCGAGAAAACAGUCACCUCAGCAGCGGAGAGCCGAGGAGGCGGAAAGCGCUGUCUGACACAGAGCGGCUAACCUCAGACUCUGCUGCAUCUGAGUGCAAACACUCGCACACCGAACUCCUCCCAGCCGCUGGAACGCCAGCACCAGCCUCCUCUCUGCAUUUCAGCAAAUGGUGGUGUGGUUUUCUCACAUGCCGACGUAACAAUCCGACACAAAAAUCACAAACUAGCAAUAGAAGGGACUAUUUUUACGGUGACAACUAACAGCACAUUACUGAUAUACGACAUGUGUAACCUAAAAUGAUGUUAACAACCAUGUUUGCAGAGUUCGGCAACCAGCAUGCACUAACUGUCUCUCCCUCUGCUGUUCCACCUAUUCUGUGUUGCCCUUAGCAACCCAGCUGCACACACACACACACACACGAGGUGGUGUGUAUCCCAUGUGUGUUUGUUACAGGAAACAAUAGAGGUCAUUGAUUUGAGUCACUGUAUGCAAAGUUUUCAUUUGCUAAUGUUUUUUUUUUUGUUUGUUUGUUUCUGGUUAAUUUAUAAUCCAGUUUUCUUAUUUAGCUUGAAAGAAAGAUCUAUUUAUUUUUCCGUUUCAUGUCAUAUCACCACUGACAGAGUGAUUUAGUAUUAUGGUUAACAAAAUUGUGUUUUUUUUGUACUGAAAAAUGUCCACUCUGCUCUUUUGACAUGGUUUGUGUAUAAAUUGUAACUUUACUCAGUAGAGCGCUGAUUCUACUGCAGCCUUGUAUGUUCAGUUUUCUUUGUUGCUAAUGACUACAGUUUCCUGACCAAAGGGGUUUCCCUUCAUCUGUAGAGAAAACUACAAAUAUGAAUGACGGGACCUGGGCAGAGGAUGGGGGGUGUCUCCUACCUCGUUUCCCUCCCCAGCGUCUUUUCUUCUAGGCUUUUUUUCAAUGGUCCUGUCACUGGCAGGACCGAGUUGUCUCUGUCACUUCAUGUAAAAGAUGAAGUUUAUGAAACUAAUGAAAUGACAGGAAGAAAGAAAGUAGACCUCUUAAAGUGAUUUUUAUUUAUUUAUUGUCUCUGUGAGGGCGGGGGCAGAGACAACAUGUCUGCCACCUUUUGAUGCCGCGCUCCUCUCAGUGCGAUGACGAUGAUGAUGUGGAGCGAGGAGCUUUACCAGGAGUCACUUGUGUAUAAUUACAACAAAAAACUAAAAUUAUAAACAAUUUUUUUGUUCUGUUUUUGUAUUAAAAUAUGCUUGCAGUAAAA